UCCUGAAUUAGACAAAAUAUAAUGAAAAAUGUAAAAUUGGGGGUGGGAUGUAGGGGCGACGGAGCGUAGACUCCUUAGCCACCUUUGGAAAAGAAAACACAGUAUCUUUACGCAACCCUCAAAUUCUCCAUUUCUUUUAUUUAGUUUAUUUAAUUAAUUAAAACCCCCGUGAAUUGAUCAUCAUCCCCUGCUUCGCAUUGCAUUCUCCAUCGACGAAAAUGGAGGAUUCGCCGAUCAACCGUCUACCCGAAGACACUCUUCAUCAGAUCUUUUCUUCACUCUCCCUUCGUCAGAUCAUGAUUUGCCGCUCCGUUUGCAAGCUCUUUAACCGAACCUUGACCUCUUCCUCUUUCAUUCACCUCAUCUCCGCCCGAUCCCAUCUCCACCUCCUCGCUCUCCGCCCCCCUCACCUCCACCACCAUCACCACAGCCGCCACGCCUCCCUCCACUCCUGCAUCCACGUGUACGAUCCCGAUCAGAACCAAUGGCUUCGAUUCAGUCUCGAUUUCCUUCCCUUCCGAUCUCCUCACCCUGUCGCCUCUUCACUCGGCCUCGUUUACCUCUGGGCCGACUCACCCGACUCCAACAAGUCACUCAUCGUCUGUAACCCCUUGACUCGUCAAUACAGAGUCCUCCCUCAACUUGGCUCGGCCUGGUCCCGCCAUGGCUCGGUGCUAGUUGACUCAAGGAACCGAGUCAUGGUCUUAACAGAACUCGCUGCUCUCUAUUUCUCCUUUUCUCAAAAAACCCAGCAAUGGCUCAAAUUCUCUUCGAAUUUGCCUUCGAAACCCCGAAGUCCCAUCGUGAUUUCCAACUCCGUUUUCGCUCUAUGCGACGUCGGAUCGCCGUGGAGAAGUAAGUGGAAAUUAUUCUCUUGCGCUGUCAAAAAUUUGUUAAACUUAAAUUUAAAUGUCAUGAACAAUAACUGGGAAUGUUUAGAAAGGCACGAAUGGGGGGACAUUUUCGAUAUCAUGAAACGACCGCGUUUAAUACCCGGCGAUGGGAACAAGAUCUUGAUGAUUGGAGGCUUAAAAUCCAAUUAUUCCUUUAAUCAAUCUUGUUCGACGAUUUUGAUAUUGAGAUUGGAUUUGGAAACAAUGGAGUGGGAAGAGGCGACUAGGAUGCCUGAGGCCCUGCACCGCUGGUUUCAGGAUAGUAAAUUUAAGGUCUUUGGAGGAGGGAAUAGAGUUUGCUUUUCUGGGAAGAAAGUUGGGAGGUUGGCUCUUUGGGAUUGCUGCAAAUGGCGGUGGAUUGAUGGGGUUCCCGGAAAUGGAGACGAGCUUUUCCGGGGAUUUACAUUUGAAGCUCGGCUUACUGCAAUUCCUUAAAAUCUUCGCUAGGUGUGUCCUUCCAUUAUUUACUACUUUGAAUUAUUUCUGUAUUUCCUUUGAAUCACUUUGAAUGACGGUGGAUUGAUGGGGCGCCUGCAAACGGGGACAAGCUUUUCUGGGGAACGUUUGCGGUUCCUUAAAUCAAUGCUCAGUAUGUUCUUGCAUUGUUUACUACUUUGAAUCAUUCUUGUUUUUCGUUUAUGUUCUUUUAGUGAAAUGGACGAUUCAGGGUAGUGCAAAAAACACUGUAAUCUGUUUGUCAACACUCAGGACUCAAGAAUGAAAAAGUGAGAUUUGCGUUCAAUUUGUUCUCAGGCAAUGUAACUCGUUAAUUAUAAUGGAAAAGAACCCAAGAAUGUUACAUUUCUUCUA